CGCCAUCCUCCUUCGCUUGAAGAGGCCUGCGCCCAAUCAAAGCGUCUUUUUGCGUUCCUAGCCUAGGUGCUGUAGUGUACUGUCUCAAGGCAACAUUUUUUGUUUUAUCAUCUGUGGAACGUGGGUGUCGUGCGGUUAAUUUUGGGUUAUCUUUUACGGUUUCCUACAGUAAGGUGGGAGUGUCUCCUAUUUAUUUUCAAGAGAUGGAUAAAGAACAAGAUGAAAAUCCCAAACAGCAGGCGGCUAUCCUCCCACUUCAAAGCCAACAACAAUUAGGAAUUGUCCCAGAUUUAGAGGAAAUGAAUGAGGAAGGGACUAAAACUUCAAGUGAAGUCAGUCAAGACAAGCUUCCACAUUGGCAGAGAUGUGCAGUCCUAGUAAGUGAUAUCUUUCACAGCCUUCUGAGAGACAAUGAAUACUACAGUCACAGGAAUAUAGUGGCUGCAUUUAUUUUGGAGAGAGAAGUGAGGGGUGACAAAGUAAAAGAUGAUAUAUAUGCGGUUGUGGCUUUUGGAACUGGUGACUCAUGCUACCAAGGAUGGCAGGAUUAUAGUGGCCUUUUAGUGCAUGACAGUCAUGCAUUAGUGGUAGCAAGAAGGGCAUUAUUAAGGUACCUGUACAAGCAGUUGAACAUGUAUCAGAGUGAUCUGCCACUUGCUAAAGAAAAAUGCAUUUUCUGCCCUUCUCAGCAAAGUCAGAUGCUGGUGCUGAAACCUAAUAUAUUCCUGCAUCUCUAUAUAAGCUUUACCUCUGAAGGCUCCACACAGGUCAGCCACCCAUGGGUAGAUUUAUCGCCGUGUGUUUCUCUUCAUGUUCAUGCAAAAGGCUCGCUGCUUCCAGUGUCAGACUGUCCCCUGAGUGUUCUGGCUGCACGUGUGUGCUGCAUGUCAGCCUUAGACAAGCUGAUGAAAUGGAAUGUUCUGGGAGUUCAGGGAGCUUUGCUGAGCCAGAGUAUUGAUCCAUUAUAUAUUACCAGCAUAGUCACAGGUUCUUCCACUGAGGAGGAGCAAGAUUUUUUAUGCAAGGCUGUCACUGAGCGCAUGAAGCUUUCCCUGGACCUGAGUCUCUUUCCUUCAUAUUCAGUACACACCCCCUAUAUCUUCUCUGGUCCCUGCAUCUCCACCAGCAAAACCUCUCCACUCUACAGCAAGCACAGCUUAAAUUGGUCCAGAGGAGAUCACUAUAUUGAAGUUGUAGAUGGUUCAACAGGGAGAACAGUAGACUGCUCCUCAACUCUCGGUCAUUUUCCUGUGAGUCGUCUGUGCAAAGCAGCCAUGCUGAAAUAUUAUUGGGGACUACAAAUUGAAUAUGGAAAAUUACAUGAAAGAAUUUCCUACAUCCAGUCCAAGAUUUUCUCAGAUCAGUAUCAGCGGGUCAAGUCGCUGUUUCAUUCUCAUUUUUGUGCACGUACUCAAGGAUUGUGGCCUCGCAAACUGUGUGUGGAUAGGUUUGAAAUGAUACCACAAGAUUCUCCAGAUGGAGAAGAAGGGUGGCUAUACCAAAGUGAUCUUCAAGGAUAAAUCCAUAAAAGAAGGCUUUGGCCAACUUUUACUUGGCAGUUUGUUCUUUCAAGGUUUCCUUAUUUCCUAAUUAUUCUUGCAGGAGAAAAUCUGAUUUUGAAUAAUGCAUGAAAGGGAAAAAAAUACAUGAAAAAAAUGAAAAAAGUAUACAUAAUACUUUGGACUCUUUCUGUUUGGGGUUCCCCCCCCCCCUUGAAAACUACAUUUUUGUUUUAUUAUUUAAGGUACAAAGCACAGCUAAGUAAACAUUGUUAUUUAGCAAUAA